AUGCCUUCCCGCAGUGCAAAACGCCUGCAGGCCAGGCCGGAUGGCAACAUCUCGCGCCGAGGAAUCAUUGGCGACAUCUUGAAUGGACCCAAGUCGCUCGUUGAAGGAAUCCUUAAUCCAGGGGCGGCCACGACUUCCACCUCUCAAGUUGCGCCAUCACCGACAACAAAGCCUGCAGAGACUCCCAGGACUCAGGCCCCGAAGCCAACAUCCGCUCCCAAGGCAACAUCAACCCCAACUCCAAAGCCGACGCCGACUCCAGCGCCCAUUCAAGCUGGUCCUAGUCCUACGACUGAGAAGGCCCAAACAGUUGUCACAACAAAGCAAGUCGUAACAGUGCCAGAUCCUGCACCGGUGCCCUCUUCUACACCAUCUCCUACUCCACUACCAGUCAUGACUGCUCAACCUCAGGAACAUCCUCAGGCACCUUCAUCAUCAUCAUCAUCAUCAGCGUCACCUAUAAUCACAGCCGAGCCCGAGGAAGCGCAUCUCAGUGUGGGUGUGCCAACAGAUCUAUUCCGUGAAACUUCAACAAUACCUUCAACAACGAGCACCUCUAUCUCUCCUAAAACUACAUCUACGGCUGGUGAGCCAGCACAGGCUCCAAGUACCAGCUCUCAGGAUGACGGUAACUCCAACCUUCCUUUCAAACUUGCCCUAGGUUUUGGCAUCACUUGUAAGUCAACACCUACCGGCGAUGUUGAAGAUAUAGCUGAUAGCCAGGCAGUUGGUGUUCUUGCCCUUGUGGCUCUUUUCUUAUUCCUCUGGCGUCGAAGACGCCAAAGACGCCUAUCAUUUGCUCAACUACCUAAUAAUGCACAUCCCUACGACAAGAAGCCUCCUUUACCACCCCUAAAUGAUGCUUCUGCCGACCCUGAAGCCGGUUACGAGUACUAUCAUGAACACCAUCACUACCACGAAUUUCAAGAUCAGCCCUCGCAGUUUGAUCGCGAAGCCACUACAGCUGCAUGGGCCCAACACAGCCCUCCACCCCCUGAACCCGAGAGCGAGACCGGCAUCAUCAAAAUCUUCCGCUGGCCUACCCUCUCAACACGGUCGACCAUGCGAUCGACAAUGCGAUCAACCCUUAGCAGCUCGAAUAAUGAGCAGUACAGCACACAGUCUGGCAAGCUCAAGCCGAGCUCCUCGCGUGCUUCAAGGAGCACAAUCUCGACAAUGCUGCGCAAAUCUCGCCGUGACAUUGCGGGAAGAGCGGAGACGGCGAACGCCGCACUAGAAGCAGCGGCGCUUGAGGAGAAGAUGAGAAUGAUGGACGCCGACUCGCCACAGCCCAGUCCCAUUCCCAGCCCCAACCCACUUACCAGCUGGCCCGAGCCUUUAGUGCUGCCGCAACAGAAGGUCAAGCCUACGGAACUGCCACCACCGGGAAUUCGCAGGAAGCCAGUUCAGAAGCAGAGGCAAAGCCUCGCCAGGCAGAGUCUCGCCAAGCAGAGGCAGAGCGUCGCAAGCAUAGCAAGUUCGGGGGGUGCGAGCAUUGCAAGCAGCAUGCUUCAACAAGGAUGUCGUAUCCUCGGUCGCGAACUACCACAGAAAUGGCCUGUCGUUGGCACAGGUGUGAGACCAAGACGAAGGACUGCGGCCCAACUAGAGCCCCUGCAGAGCCCCUGUAGCGCCCCUUCAAGCCCGAGCGCAGGCCCCUGA